AGUUAAUGAUCGACGUCACCCGCACGGUGUUGUUCAGGUGUGCGUUGACUGUAACAGUCGGAUUCAGCGCUCGCGAUCAUUUCCGAUGCGAGGCUGAGGCACAUUUUUAGGAGGAUUGUCAUUCAUUCAACUCCGAUGUUGGUGAAACAGUGAAAGAGUUUGAUGUCUACCCCUUCAGCAUCACAGUGUCAUGGAUUGCCACCCUUACCUACGUGAACAAACGUAUAUGUUGGAAACUUUCACCGACAUAACGCGAUCCACCAUGGCAAAACACGACUUAAAAGACUACUAUUUUCUUUAUUAACAAUUAGUUAUGGUUAGUUUUUCUAAGUGAUCAAGUGGGGGAACGAAGCCAUGUAUUCUCUUCUGCUGUUCCUGACUGUACUCCAUGGCAUCCUCUUGGCGUGUGCCUACACUUUAUGCAGCAACCUGAAUUGUAUUGCCCGAAAAACCAUCACAUAUGAAGAUAACCAUGUGAUCAUGUUUAAAGAGGAAGGUAUUUGGAAUUACUCCACAAUGCUGAUUAGGGAGGAUUUGGGGUUGCUGAUAUUGGGGGCAAGAGAGGCCGUCUACGCCCUUGACAUAAAUGAUAUCUCGGUUGCCAAUUCUAAGGUUCUUUGGAAAGUCACAGAAGAGAAACAAAAUGAGUGUUCCUCCAAAGGAAAACAUCCUGACAUUGACUGUCAUAACUAUGUGCGGAUGCUGCAUCAAGUGAACGACAGUGUGAUGUACGUGUGCGGAACGAACGCAUUUAGCCCAACCUGUGAUUACUUAACGUACAGUGAUGGACAGCUGAAACUGGAUGGAAAGCAGGAGGAGGGGAGGGGGAAAUGUCCUUUCGAUCCCUUCCAAAGAUACUCCUCCGUUAUGGCUGAUCAAGACCUGUAUUCAGCCACGUCCUUUAACUUCCUGGGUUCUGAGCCGGUUAUACUGCGCACCUCUCCCAUUACACUGCGCACAGUGUUUAAGAGCUCUUGGCUUAAUGAGCCAAACUUCAUCUACAUGGACAUGGUCCCAGAAAGUGAGGACAGCCCCGAAGGUGAUGAUGACAAGAUCUACAUGUUCUUCAGUGAGAACGCGGUAGAAUACGACUUCUACAACAAGCUUGUGGUGUCGCGUGUUGCCAGAGUUUGCAAGGGUGACAUGGGUGGCCAAAGGACUCUUCAGAGGAAAUGGACUUCUUUCUUGAAGGCGCGUCUGGACUGCUCUGCCCUUGAGCCCAGCCUGCCAUACAUCAUUCAGGACGUCUUCUAUAUCCGACACAAAAAAUGGAGGAAAAGCGUAUUUUACGCUGUCUUUACCUCUCAGUCAAGCUCAACGGAUCAGUCAUCGACGGUAUGUGCGUACAAUGUGACCGAUAUUAGUGAGGUGUUCUCCCGUGGCAAAUUUAAGACAGCGGUAACCGUAGAGACAUCUGAUGUGAAGUGGGUCAUGUACAAUGGAGAACUUCCUGUCCCUCGACCAGGAGCAUGCAUCAAUAACGCAGCGAGGAGUUUGGGAAUAGAGCGGUCACUGGACCUUCCUGAUAAAACUCUACAGUUCAUCCGAGACCGGCCCCUUAUGGACGACGCUGUACGUCCAAUCACGGGCAAGCCUCUGCUGGUCAAGAGAGGACCGCUGUUGACCCGUCUUGUUGUCGACCAUGUAACUGCUCUGGAUGGACAGCUUUAUCCUGUGAUGUUUGUUGGCACAGAAAAUGGUUAUGUGCAGAAAGGGGUGAACUAUGAUGGAGAAAUGCAUAUAAUUGAGGAAGUAAAACUGUUUGAGAACGCUGAGGCAAUUGAUGUUCUACGUCUCUACCAGAGCCAGGUGUUUGCAGGCUCUGCGUCUGGGGUAAUUCAGAUGUACGUUAGCAACUGCAGUCGCUAUUUUUCCUGUCUGGACUGUGUGCUGGCCAGAGACCCUUACUGCGCCUGGGACCUAACGGCUCAACAGUGCUCUAGAUUGCCUAGAGAACCUAAGGAUGCUAAAGUAAAUUUCAUACAAAGUCUGAAAGAUGGGGAUGCCACUUGGUGCCCAAUAACAGCUGCUGUGGAACCAAAGAUCCGGACUCUGGUUUUGGGAAACAACAUCAGGUUGCUGUGCCAACCAGACUCUAAUCUGGCCCGGGUGAGGUGGAACUUUGCUGGGAAGCUGCUCCCCUCCUCCAACAAGAAGUACACCAUCUAUAGUGAUGGUAUCCUUAUCUACAACGCCUCAGUAACUGAUACUGGACACUACACCUGCAUGUCAGUCGAAUGGGUCAAAGGAAGACAAUACACCCAAACACUGGCCAUUUAUGACCUGCAACAACAACUAGUUGUAGAUGUAACUGAUAAAAUAAAGACUACAGUGGGAAUCAAUCCUACAUCAUCAGGUUUCCAUAAGUUAGAGGAGCCUCCGUCACUUCCUCAAAGUCAGACAAUUGAGAGUAAGUGGAUAGUAAUGCAAGUGGCACUGGCUGUGCUGUCAGUUAUGAUGGCAUGUCUGCUGAUAUGGAACCUGUACAUGGGCCACAUAUCUCCAUUCAUGUGCUGUGUAAGGCAAGCGAUCAAAAGCCCCAGGAAUCUUUGCGAGAGGGAAUACCAGCAUACAACUUGCACAGAUACAUUGGACAGUAAACAACAAAUGGUCAGGUUGUGUCCCACAUCAAACAGUGAUCAAGAAGCUGCCAGCUUUCGCAGGAAUACUGCCAAUGGGGUUAUGCAAAACGAUAUGCCUAUUUGUAAGUACAUUACAGAUGAGUCAGAGAUUUAAGCUCUGCGGUUUACAAAUGUCCUGUUUUAUUUUAUCAAUAAUUUUGCAUAAUUUUUAUACUUAUUUAUUUAUUGUUAAUAAUAAAAAAACUUUAUUUCAUAAU